ACCACAACUCGUCCUCGUAUGAUUUGCCAAUGAAUACCCUCCACAACUCAUUGAACCUCCCGGCAGGCCUGCCCGGCUCGGCGUCUUCUCUGCACCAGGCCCCCAGUCCCGAGUACCCGCCCGGGUUCCCGGCCCUGGUGGAGCUGGGGAUGGACCUGUUUCCGGCGCUGCCGCAGAUGUGCAUGCCCGACGAGAUCCAGCCCGGCUCUUUUGCAUAUGGCCAGCACAUGGCUCCGGGCGGCCCCGACGGGCUCCCACUACCCUCGUCGUCGCAUGUGUUUCCGCACCACCCGCUGCCACCGGCCGUCCUGGCGGCGGACUCUGCCUAUGCCAGCAUGGGCUUUGCCAUGGGCGCCAUGGACCAGCAGGGGGGGCACCAACCGGAGCACCAACCGGGCCAUGGCAUGAACCGUCAGAUGAAUCACCAGAUGAAUCACCAAACGGAGCAUCAGAUAACUCACCAAAAGCAGCACCAGAUAACUCACCAAACGGACCUCCAGAUGAACCAAAGGGACCUCCAGAUGAACCACCAAACAGGCUCCGGCACGCCGCUUCGGCUCGGCCCCGGGCUCCCUGCGCCCGGCCCCUCCGGCGUGUUCUCGGUCGACGGCCCCGCAGACGGCCUCGCCAUCGGCCUUCUUUCCAACACCCCUGCACAGGCAACGGCCCGCAAAGUGCCCCCAGACGCCGCCGGCCACAGCAGCCACCAUUUCGCCCAGCGCAAAUUGCAGUACGAGCCGCUCGGGGCGCUCCAGCCGUCCCCGCACUUUUCCAGAGGUGCCGCGGGCCUUGGGCCCCGGGCCCCCGGCGCGUCGUCUCGCCGCUUCAUCCUGUUCGCCAGCCAGUACCAAAACCCCGCCGAUGACUUGCCCGUGCAGCAGGCGGUCCAAGCCGCCAGCGCCUCGAGCGCCCGGCCACUGCUGGCCAUGGACACGGCUGCACGAUUCCACGGCUUCCACCAUGUCCAGAGAGCAGAGCCUCUUCUACAAGAGAUGCCUGAGGUCAGCAGAGCAGCAGCCAGCUGCAGACACCCCGUGUUGGCCCCGGCGGCCUUGCCCGAGGCCGACAGCCAGCCGCGCAAGAAGCACCGCCCCGAGUCCCAGCACGAGACCGAGCGCCACUUGUUGGGCUUGGCCAGCUCCAUCGGCGCCUUCAACCUCGGCGACAGCGCGCUGAAGGUCAAGCGCAUGGACUGCGAUCUGGCCGCGUUGAAGGACGACCCGGUCUUCGGCCUGCUCUGCAACGCCAAGGAUGUCAAGCAGGACCGGCACCACCAGGUGUUCGCGUUGGCAUGGCUCAACGCGUCGUGCGAGGCCUCGCCCGCUGCCGUGGUGCCGAGAAACCGCAUCUAUGCCCGCUACGUACAGAUGUGUGGCGAGUACACCGUGCGGCCGCUCAUGCCCGCGGCCUUCGGCCGGCUCGUGCGCGUGUCGUUUCCCAACUUGACUUCGCGCCGCUUGGGCAUGAGAGGGAAGUCCAAGUACCACUACUGCGGGCUCGCAGGUGGGCUCGCCCUUGUCGUCGUACUCCUCCGGCGCAAUGGACUCCCCGCAGUCGGCCUUCCACACCCCGUCCCAGGUGGAGAGCCCGACCGUGCCGAGCCAGAUGUUCGCCACGCCCGCCAGCUUGGCCAAUGUGCAAGAGCACUUUCUCAUCAGCGACUUCAAGUAUAUCCCGGGCUCUACGGCAUGAUCGAGCAGGCCUUUUUGGACGAGCACGGGGAGAACAGUGUCCCGAUUCCCCGCAUCCACUCCUACUUCCCAAAGGACUCCGAGCACGACGUGGACAUCGCGGAUACGUUGCACGCCUUGGUCAAGAUACAGUGCGCCUCGAUGUUCGACCUGGUGCGCUACAUGAGAAAAGACGACUUGUUUCGCUCGAUGGUGCCUCUGCCGGCGAUGUUGAUGGGUCCUAUCUUCAAGCUCUUGAACACCGACCACGCCAUCGAAUGGGUCAAAGAUUGUGACUUGAGCUUGUACAGAGCAAUGCUCAAGAUGAUGAGUCGUUUGCAUUUGAAGCCCGCCAACAAGGACAUUGUGGGGAUCCUCAAAGACAUCGGCGUCAAUUUCGUGACCAAGCUCUCCCAGGCCUUGGGAGACCGCGUUUCGCAAGGCUUGAAGACCAUGAAGCUCCGGCUUGCUCAGCAAUUCAUCAAGCUUGUCAGUAGGCUCUUGCGGUGCAUCGAAACAGGCUCCAGGGCGUCUAUGGUGCUUUCCAGCCCCAGCGAAAGGAACGCCAUGCUUCAAGACUGGUCGAAGUUGGACUUCCAAGAGACAGUUUUGAGAGAGAUUCCUUGUGGGUUGAAAUCCUCCCAGGCCAUCAUCAGAAUUUUGGAUACCCUGGUUGGUCAGCUACUCAGCGAGACACACACAGAAGGGCUUGUGUUGGAGAAGUAUGCCUCCUUCCUCUUUGAUCUUCCAGCGUUAUUCCCCAGCGUCAACCCGUGGCUCUUCUCUCUUCUUUUGUCGAACUUGCUCACCAAUUUCAUCAGAGAAAUGAGUAUGUCGGGUUCCAGCAGUUUCAAGUCAUGGUGGAUAGUCGGUUGUUGGAUCAACGAGUACAUCCCCUGGAGCUUUGAGUUGGGAGGUUAUCUCUACGAAGAGUGCCGUCUACAACAUGAUAUAUCUCGAGAGACUGUUGGCUUGGACAUCGGUCUAAAUGCAAACGAGAGUGGGAACACAGAGUUUAACUCUCACGAGAAACUGAUAUCCACCGUGGACCUCUUGGAUAGGCCCCAUGAACAACCCUGAGGGAAGCAAUACACACAUACAGAACAGACGAGUGUCUGACUGGAGCAUUAAAAAAAAUAACCCAUGCAUAAAAAACUACAUACAUAUUCAUAGCAUUUAACGAACCUCAUACAACAUGCAACUACUGUUGAGUAAUCCAGGCAGCGAGGU